UUGAGCCACGAGACGAGAAACACUACAGAUAAACCUAUGAGAACAAAGUUGAAAACACCCGUUUUCUUCUAUAGACUAAAUCAAACAAUUUUCUUUUUCCCAGAACAAAAAAUAAAAACGAAAAGUAAAACCCCUUUCCCCUCUAUAGUUUCUCUGGGAAAGCAUCUGCAGACUGCAGGGUCAGAGGCGUUCAGCUUCAGCAAUGAGAUAGCACUGGGAAAUUUUUUAUUUUUUUUGAAAAAUUUUGAAAAAAUGCCUCUGGGUUUCAAUUAAAAAUGAGGCCUUUUUACUGGUGUUUGGAAAUCUAGCGGCUAGUAGUUAAUGGUUCUUGAUUCCAUAGGGCUUUGAUCUCUGAGAUGGAAUCAUCCAACGGCUUAGAACGGCAGACCCGAUCGGCGGCUGAUACUGGAGGAGGGAAGCAUAGGAUUUCAGCAGAACUGAAGAGGCUAGAGCAAGAAGCUCGUUUACUGGAGGAGGAAAUGGAACAGCUGGACAAAAUGGAAAAGGCCUCGGCUGCUUGCAAAGAAAUGUUGCAUAACGUGGGAACAAAACCGGAUCCACUUCUCCCACAAACUAAUGGCCCGAUAAAUCCUUCUUGGGAUCUGUGGUUCGAAGGACCACAAGACGAAUCUAGUUGUGGAUGCUGGAUACUCUGAUUCUUCUCGGCUUAUUCAUCCAGACGUUUCGUCAUUGAUUGGAGAGUCAAUUGUUAAUCGAAGCUGCUAACUAUGAAGGGAAAUGGUGCAGGAACUUUUUUUUUUUUUUUUUUUUUUUUUGGUUUUGAAAUUGUAGGAAGCUGAAACCGAAAGAGAUUUGUUGCUUUGCUUAUGUUCAACUAAGUUGAACUAGGUUGGACUUCAUUUUAUGGUACAGCACAAGGUUGUCAGAAUAUUUGCUUUUGCUUAAAGCCUUUGAACUAUCCAAUUCUCAUAAUCUCUUUUUUUUUUCUAUAGUUUAAGUGUUUAACAUUAUAAA